CAGUCUGCGAGCCUCCAGAGAAUGUCAAAACAAGGAGCGCUUGUUGGAGCAGCGGUUCCGCACGGCCCUGAGGGACUUUCAGCAGUGGUUGGUCAACGCAAAAAUCAGCACCGCCAAAUGCUUUGAUGUGCCACAGAGUGUCACAGAGGCCUCCGUUGCUCUGCAGAGGAUCCAGGAGUUCCUGAGUGACAGGGAACAUGGCCAGGCCAGGCUGAGUACAGUAGGAGCCAGUGGGGAGCUGUUGAUGGCCGUGGUGUCCAGAGACAGAGUGGAGGGGCUCAAGGCCAAAGUGGCAAAUGCGAGGGACGACUGGAAGAGCCUGAUGAAUAACCUGCAGAUGAGGGAGGAUGCACUUAAGAACCUGCAGUCCCAGAUGACAGAGUUUGAGGCCAGUGCUGAACCUCUGCAGGACUGGCUAAACACCACAGAGGUCAGAGUUCAGGAGAGCAGUGCUCGGCUACACGACCUUCCAGCCAAGAAGCAGGAGCUCAGCAAACUACAGUGUGUUCUGGAAGAGAUAGCCAGUCAGGAGGCAGAGCUGGGCAGGCUGAGGGAAAGCGCUCAUCGUCUCUGGGAGGGACAAGCAGCUGGCAAGGGCUUCGUCCACCGUGUGUCCCAGUUGUCAGCACAGUACCUGGCCCUCAGCAACUUAACCAAGGACAAAGCCUCCAGGAUUGAACGAAUCGUAGGGGAACACCGCCUCUUCUCUCAGGGUCUUAAAGAGCUGCAGGAUUGGGUGUGUGAAGCUCAGAGGGUCCUCAGCACCUGCAUAUCCGCCACCACUGACAAGGGCGUGUUGGAGGACCGGAUGUUACAGCUGGAGGCCUUACUCGCUGCUCGCCAGGAGAGAGAGAUCCAGCUAAAGAUGCUGCUGACGCGGGGAGAAGCGGUCCAAAGAAACACUUCGGCUGAGGGCGUCCCGGUGAUUCGCAAACAGAUUCAGGACCUCAAGGACUCGUGGGAUUCCCUGCUCUCUGCCUCCAUCCAGUGUAAAAGUCAACUGGAGGGAGCUCUGUCGCAGUGGACCAGCUAUCAGGAGGACGUAGGUCAGUUUGUGUUGUGGAUGGACCGUGUGGAGGAGACACUGAGCUGCUCGGACAGACAGUACUCAGAGAUGAGAGACAAGACUGCAAACCUGGGAAAGACCAAGCUUCUCUAUGAGGAAGUACUGAGCCACAACAGUCCUCUGGAGACCAUUGCCACAAAGGGGUCCAACAUGGCUGAACACUACACUACGCAGCAGGAAGUGCAGCAGCUGCAGUGUCGAUACAACGCUCUCAAAGAAAAGGCCAAGAAUGCAGUCAGUAAGGCCAAGAGUCUGGUGCUGGUCCACCAGGAAUAUCAAAGGGAGCUCCAUGUGUUUGAAGACUGGCUGGAGCAGGAACAGGCUUCUCUGGCCUGCUUGACCCACCGAGAGGGAAACGGGGAUACAAUAGAAAACACACUGCAACAGCUACAGCUCCUGCAGGAUCGCUGCUCAAGCGGUCAGUCUUUGCUCUCCUCUGUGCUGACCAGCAGAGAGAGAGUAAUCCCCUGGGGAAUCCCACAGAUCGAGGACCGAGCCCUGGACACAGCUCAGAGAGAGUGGGGGGCCUACCAGGGUCGCCUGGAGGAGACUCAGGCCCAGCUGAGGGCGACGCUGACCAGACUGAGGCAGAUGGGCCAAAGGUUCCUGAGCCUGGCCCAGUGGCUCGAGGAGCUGGAGAAGGUGGCAAACAUCAGACGUCAUCGGAGGUCGGACAGAGCCACAAAACAGACUCAGCUGAAGAAACUCCAGGGGUGUCUUGAGGCAGUACUCGCACGGCAGGGAGAGGUCGACGGCCUCUCUUCUCUGGCCCAGCAGGUUCUGGAGGAAACCUACAUCAGUAGUCGUGUUAGCGUCACUGCGACCCAGCUCACUGCCCGCUACCAUUCACUGCUGCUCAACAUACAAGACACCAUCAAGCAGCUGCAGGAGGAGCUGAGGAGUAUUGAAGAGGCAGAAAAUCUUUGCAUGUCGUUCACCGACUGGCUCAACUCGACUCAGAAAGGCUUCACGCUGUUGACUGAUACUUCUGAGCCUCUGGACCGGGUCGCCAUGGAGAAGAAGCUGAAGAAAGUAGAGGCUCUUCAGUCAGAACUCCAGCAUGGCCACAGCUUCCUGAAAUCCCUGAGGGAGCGGGCGGAACAGGCAGCAGGAGUCCUGGACGAGACCGGAGCUGAGAGUUUAGGAGGGGAGGUGGAGGGUCGUCUUGCCCAGCUGGAGGAGCUCGCAGGUGGGCUGAGGCAGGAGCACAGCUUUCUAGAGCGGGCCUUACUUCUGGCUAAGGAGUUCCAGGACCGGUACAAGGGACAGGCUCAGUGGCUGGUGGAGACUCGAGCUUUGCUCAACACCCCGGUGGAGCCCAAGGCUGAACUGUACCAGCGGAGAGCGCAGCUGGCUAAAUAUAAAGCUCUGUUGCAGAUGGUUCAGUCCCACGAUGGAUCCGUCAGGUCGGUGGUGGAGAAGGGAGAUGCUCUGCUGGCCUCUGUCCACUACCCCUCCAUCAGAGACAAAAUGAACAAACUGCAAAGAGACUACGCUGAACUCUGUAAAAGAGCCAUGGCACAUGUGGAGAAUCUGGACGGCCAGGUGAAGGAACAGGAAGCCUACCACAACGAACUCCAGGAGGUGGAGCGCUGGCUCCUGCAGAUGUCCAGCAGGAUGGUGACUCCUGAUCCCACUGUGGGGGGUAGCUUGGAGGCAGCCACUCAACAGCUGGCCAGGCACAAGGCCAUCAUGGAAGAAAUAGCGGGCUUUGAGGAUCGCUUGGCAGGCCUGAAGGAGCGCGGGGACCACCUGGUAAAAGGCUGCAGUGACCGUGUGCAGAGUCGGCUGAGACAGCAGGUCCAGGCUCACCAGCAAGGCACCAAAGACAGCUACUCUGCCAUCUGUAGCACAGCACAGCGAGUUUAUCAGAGUCUGGACCAUGAGUUACAGAGACACGUGAGUCUCCAGGACACGUUACAGCAGUGCCAGACGUGGAUCACAUCUGUUUCAGAACAACCAGAACCUCCUGCACAUACUCCUCUCAGCUUGGAGGAGGCGCUACAUCAGGUGAAACAGGAGCGAGCUCUCCAGGAGCAGGCCAACACUUACCUUCAACUCGUGUGCUCAACCUGUGACCUGUCAGAGCCGAGGGUCAGGAAAACUGCAGGAGCCAUCCAGCAGGUCAAACUGCAGAAUGAGGAGCGUAUGCUGCUUUGUGAGGAGGUAGCAGACAGCUGGAGGGACAUUGAGGAGCAGAAGGCAGAUCUGGAGAUCCAGCUGAGAGAGACAGAACAGCAACUUCAGACUCUUAUCAGGAGACCUGCAGAGCUGGAGCCCAAGAUUGCCCAAAACCAGUUGGACAAGGCACAGGAGUUCCUGCAGCAGAUUAAGGAGAGACAGUCUGAGGUAACCCAUUUGAAUGAAGCCAUUUGUAGGCUGACAGAUGGACAGGUCUCUCCUGCCCUGGAGGAGAUAAGGAGACUUAGGAGAAGCUGGAUGGACCUAGGCCAGCGGGCUGAGGAGCUGGAGGCUCAGCGGGGGGAGGACAUGCAGCGAAGCGGGGAGUACCAGGAGAGUGUAGUAGCUGUGGAGGAACUCUUCCACCAAGUAUCCAGGGAAUGGGACUACCUCGCCAGGGCUGACACAGAAAGUACAAGUGAGCAUCUAGAGGCUCUCAAGAAGUUGUCAAGUGACCUGGGGGAGCAGAGAGCAACUCUAGAAGAUGUCAGAGACCAGAGACUAGCAAUUCUGCCUCGACUUAGCCUGCUAGACAAAGAGCUGGUCAAGCAACAGGUGGGUCACCUGGAGCAGCGCUGGGCCCAGCUCGAAACCCUGAUUCAACAGAAGAUCCAGGAUUCUGCACAAACUCUGGAGGAUCUGGCUCGGGUAGAAACCCAGCUGAGGGAUGCCCGGGAGUGGGUGGAGGAGCAGCGGCCUGCGCUUACAUCUGCGUUGAAAACCAGCCCACCCCCCGAUCUGGCCCAGAGUUUUCUGUUUGACCACUUGAGUGUAUGUGUGGAACUUGAGGCCCGUCAGCAGCUGCUGGGUCAGGCAGUCAGCGAAGCCCAGGCUGUGAUGUCCAGGCUGGGGCUGAGUGAGAAAAGAGACCUUCAAGGGCUUAUAGAACAAGCCCAGACUGAGGUGGAGGCUCUGGGGGCUCGGGUGACCCAGAGGAGGAAGUACCUCAGUAAGGCCUUCACAGAGAGGACACAGUUCCUACAAGGCUUGGGGAGAGCAUUGACCUGGGUACAGCAACAGGAGAGGAAAGCUUUAAUCGAUGACCACAUAGCACUUCUCCCAGAGGACCUGACCAAACAGGUUGCUGCAUGUCGGAGCGUCCAGAGCGGUUUACGAGCUUACCAGAGGGAGCUGGCAUCUCUCUGGGUACAAGGGCAAGAGCUGGAGAGAGACGCCACCGAGAAAGAAAGAACAGAAACCCUGGCAAGACUUGAUGAGCUACAGUCUGUCUUUGAAACGGCCCUCGAGAGGACCACUCAACGUCUCAUGGACCUAGAAAAAGCCUUAACCUCUAGGAAGUACUUCCAGGUUGACCUGGACAAGACUUGCCACUGGUUGAGACAAGCAGAUGCCAUCACCUUCCCGGAAAUCAAUCUAAGCAACAUUGAUGAAAACUCCGAAUUACAAACACAACUGUCUAACUUUCAAAAUGUCCUAGAACAAGCUUCAGAAUAUGAGAACCUCCUUCUUAUUGUCCAAAGAAUAGGCCAGGAGAUCCUUCGUACUCUCAAUGAGAUUGACCAUUGCUACCUAGAUGAGAGGCUUAAUGCCCUGCCUCAGCAGUACAACGCCAUCCUAGCUCUAGCCAAAGAGAAAAAAGACAGAGUCCAACAAAUAGUCCUGGAGAGAAAAGAGUUCAGCACUUUCUUUGAAAUUACUCGUAAUGCACUGGAGGAGCUAAAGGAGCAGUUUGACAAUCUGGAGAAUCAGACUAUCAGUAUGAGAGAGGAGGAGGUGGUUUGUCUAAUCAAUGAAUACAGGAAUAUUAAUGAGAGUUUAUUCCACAUUAGUCCCUCUGUGAGAGAACUUCAUGGAAAAAAUGAGGGGUUCCUGUGCAGAGGUCAGCAUUACAGAGCUGAAGAGACACAGCAGCUGAUCAGGCUCCACGACACACUGAAGACGAGACAUGAUCAGAAAAUGAAACACUUAGAGAACUGCUUAAGAGUUCGAUUGGAACACAACAGAGUAUGUACCAAUACGGACUCAGAGUUAAAGUCUGUUAAAGAGAGACUGGUCAGCCUGAAGUCAGACAAAGAUGUAGGUGCCAUAGAUAACAUCACAAGUCUUUACUCACUGCUAGAAAGACUGGACGGUGUAAUAUCUCAGACUGAAGAAUGUAACCAUCAAACUGAAGGUCUUGGACUAAAGUUUGAACCCACUGCCUUUCAAGAAGCUACAUCGCAGCGAGAAUCAUUGCGCUUGUUACGGAGUGAGGUGAAAUGUUUUGUCGGUGAAAGUGAAACGAAAGUCACGAAAAAGGAAGAUUUCACAAGAGAGACUGAGAAAACGCUGCAGUGGCUGAAGACUAUCAAGGACAAAUUGGAGGAGCCGUUGACCUUUUCAGAGGUCAAAGUUGAGAAGGUACACGAGGAAGUGCGCACACUGAAAAUCAUAGAGGAGGAAGUGGGAAGUAGAUUGAGGAUGAUGGAUGCCUUGGGGAGCCGAGAACAGCAGAAGUAUUGUAGUAGAAAUGAAACUGUCCCAGCACAGGUGGAAAAGAAACUACAGGAGGUGGCGAACCUGGGAGCCGGAGUUCAGGAAGGCGUAAGAAAGAAACUGCUGGCUGUGGAUAGAGCUUCUCCCCUGGUCCAGAGGCACCACUUAUCUCUGCAGACCAUGCAGAAAUGGCUGGACUCUGCUGCGGCUGUGCUCCUGAGGGCCAGCUCAGGGUUGGAGCUGGAGAACCAGACAGAUUGCGUGCGGGACCUGGAAGAAAUUUCCGCCCAGGAAAAGAGUUUCACUGUCGCUUUAGAAGAGCUGAGGACUCUGGAUCCUCUGCUGAGGGAUUUUACAGAAGCAGGAGUGAGGAGCGGAGAAAAGGUUGAGAAGAUGAAGCUGAAAAACACAGAAGUCAAACGUCAACUGGAUGCUUACAGAGAAGUGUUGCAGAGGUGUGACGUUCUUUGGAGAUCCUUCCAACUUGAGAGGGAGGCGCUGGUUAAACAGAUGAACGAUGCAGAGAGCAAAAUGGCCUUGUUCACCACAUCUAAAGCCACCAGCAUCCAGCAGGCGGAAGACAAGUGUCAGAGAUACAAGUCUCUGGUGGAUCACAUCGACCUGCUGGAGGUGCCUCUUAAUGCAUUGAAGGAGAAUGCCGCAGAGUUAGAGACGAUCGCUUCCGAGUCCAGCAAAAGUGUCACCAGCCACUCUGUGUCAUCGCUAUGGCAACGGUGGACCAGGCUACGCAGUGUUGCCCGAGCCCAGGAGAGGGCACUGGAGGAUACAGCCAGGGAGUGGAGGAACUUCACAGAGAAGAUGGAGAAGGUGCGCUCGGUGUCCAAAGACCUCCACACGCGUGUCCCAGACAGCACCGUGGAGAAGGCUGCCACCAGGACGGCACUCCAGAGCCUCCUGGAGUACCAUGACUCCUUCAGCCAGGAGGUGGAGAGAGAGCAGUCAAUCCUGGCCCUGCUUGGGCAACACACCUGCAGCCUCAGAGGAGAGGAGGAGAAGAAGGAGGUGGAGAAAAAGACAGAGAAUGGACAGGAGGAGACACCGUGCCUACAGGAGAUCAAAAGUAUGCAGGAGCAGUAUGACAGUCUUACGUUGCGGGUGAGGGUGAGCAGAGCUCAGGUGCAUCAGGAGCUGAGGGAAAGAGAGGAUGUUGAAAAGGAGCUGGGUUUGGUCAAAGGAUGGAUCCAAGACACUCGUGGCUUACUGCUGAGUCCAACUGCAGACCUGGAUUCACUGCUCCAAGAGCUAGAGACUGCACAUGGUGAGGUCAUCAGCAGGCGUCAGAGUGUGGAGCGUAUGACUGAGCUGCAACAGUCCAAGUACCAUGACCUCCAGGCUGGUCUGCCCUCUGAGCUCAGCAUGCAGCUGGCUGAGGUGACUCUGGCUCUGGGCUCCGCUGAAGACCAGGUCCAAGCACGGGAAAGGGAGGUGCAGCAGACCAGAGAUGUGAAAGAGGACUUCAGCUCCCGACUCCAGGACAUCGAAGCAAAGCUGAAGACCAUCGCUCUGAAACUGGAAGACAAGAGUGCCGACCUGAAGGAGGCCAAAGAAGAGACCAAAGCUCUUUGUGAAGAGUGUGAGUCCUGCUCUCGCUCUCUGGCAGAGUUGGGAGUAGCGGUGCAGGAGUUUGGGGAGCAGAACCCUCUGCUGUGUAAGCAGCUCGGCGAUGCUGUGGCCAAACUGACAGAGGUGCAGCGGCACACGACACAGCAGGUCCAGGACAGAUCCAACAGACUGAAGAAGGCAGAGAGACAGGUGGAUGAAUAUCAGGGUAUGAAGACGUUCAUUUUGGGCUGGACAGACAAAGCAGAAGUUCUGGUCUCUGGUAACAUCAUCUGGAGCUCAGCUUCACAGCUGCAGGAGCAAAUUCGAGCACAUCAGGCGCUGCUGCGGGAGUGUCGGGGUCUCCAUGGGGACUUGGAGGCCAUGGGGGAAAGGGAAGGGCAUCUGGGGGAGGUGUUGCAGACGGAGGGGUGGAGCCUGCAGGUGAACCACCUCAGCAGACGCACGGAGGAGCUGCAGCAAGCGGCCAAGACUCGUCUCCAGAGUUUGCAGGAUGCAGCAAAGGACAUGCUGCGUCUGGAGGCAGAGGUCAAGAACCUCCACUCAGCUGUGGACCAGAUCCAGGUCACGCUCGCUUCCCCUGACCUCAACAGACUCAGCCUCAGAGAGCAGCUCACACAGAGACAGCGUCUGUUGGUGGAAAUGGAGGGCUUCAAGCAGCAGGUGGCGGCGGUGCAGCGGUGUCAGAGCGCCCUCCGGCUACCAGAGGAGGUAGUGGCCAGUCUGCCGAUCUGCCGUACAGCUCAGACACUGCAGCAAGAGGCCAGCCAACUGCAGCACACCACCAUCCAGCAGUGCAACAUCCUGCAGGAGGCUGUGGUGCAGUACGAGCAGUACGAACAGGAAGUGAAGAACCUCCAGAGAUUAAUAGAAGAAGCUCAUCGCAUCAUUCAGGACCGGCCCGUCUCCACCAAUAACAUACAGGAACUUCAGGCUCAGAUACACCACCAUGAGGAGCUGGCCCAGAAGAUCCGAGGCUACCAGGAGCAGAUUGCCUCCCUCCACUCCAAGUGCAAGAUGCUGACGGUGAAGGCCAAACACGCCACCAUGCUGCUGACGGUCAACGAAGUGGACGGCCUGUCGGACGGCGUGGAUGAGCUGAGUGAUGAGGAGCUGCCCAGUUCUGUGGCCACCGCCAACAAGCAGCUUCCUGCACACCCCUCUGUCGUCAUGAUGACAGCCGGCCGCUGCCACACACUCCUCUCCCCUGUGACUGAGGAGUCAGGGGAGGAGGGAACCAACAGCGAGGUCUCCUCUCCCCCUGCCUGCCGCUCCCCCUCCCCAGGGGCUAACGCUGAUGCUCCUCUUAACCAGGGUCGUGGCACUCUGAGCCGAGCACCGCUCCAGGAGCUUUAUGACCCAUCCAUGGAGUCGAGCGCUGCUAACCUGGAUGACCUGCAGAGAUCCUGGGAAACACUCAAGAACGUUAUCAGCGAGAAGCAGAAGAGUCUGUAUGAGGCUCUGGAGCGACAGCAGCACUAUCAGGAAUCCCUCCAGUCCAUUUCCACUAAGAUGGAGUCCAUCGAGGGGGCACUCAAUGAGGGGCUGGACCCCAGCAAGACCCCCGAGAGCCAGAUGGCUGCACAUCAGGCUCUGAUGGAUGAGAUCUUGAUGCUGCAGGACGAGAUUGGUGAGUUGCAGACGUGUUUCUCCGAGGAGCUGGCGGACAGCGACAGUGAUGGGGAGGCUGGAGACCAACUGGCGCUCCAGUCUACGCUUACUGUCCUGGGAGAGAGGAUGGCCACCAUUCGAAUGAAGGCUUCAGGAAAACGACAGCUGCUGGACGAGAAACUAAGUGAACAGCUAGAGGAGCAGCGACAGGAGCAGGCGCUGCAGCGUUACCACAGCGAGGCCGAGGAGCUCGACCACUGGCUGCUCAGCACUCGUGCCACUCUCAGCUCUGCACUUCAGCUCCAAAACAAAGACUUGGACAUGGAGGAGCAGCUCAUAGACUGUCAGAACAUGCUGUUUGAGAUCGAGCAGAAGGUUUCGUAUUUGUCGGAGCUGUCCGUCCACAGUGAGAGUUUGCUGUUGGAGGGCCGGGGGGAGACCAAGGGGGAGGCGGAGCAACUCACCAUCAAACUGCACUCCCUCAAAGACAGCCUCCUGGAGCUGCAGCAGAUGCUACAGGACAAACAAGUGGACAUACAGGGUUCAUUGCAGGAGCAGGAGGACAGUGAGCCAGACUCAUCUCUGUCCCAGAGUCCUAAUGUCCAGGAUUGGUUGUCUCAGGCCCGUUCAACACGCACACAGCAACACCACGACAACCUGCAGCGGCAGAGGGAGCUACAGAUUCAGGUAGCUGAACAGAGGCGGCUGCUUCAGUCUGUAGCAAGUGUUGGGGAAGAGUUACUCAACCAACAGACCACACCCAACGGGGACAGUGAGGUGUCCAUCCCUGGGGGAGUGUUGCUAGAGACAGAGAUGUUGUCUCCUUUGGAACAGCUGAGACAUCGCUGGGAAAACCUGAAUAAAGAUCAGAGCACAAAGCUGCAGCUCUCUCUUAACACCCUGGAACAGGACCAACUCAGCCCGGUCAUCCACCGGUCCCGUUUGUCCAGUCCCAGUAUGGUGUUUAGAGGCGAGUCCGGCAGCCAGGACUCUCACUCUCCCAGAGCUUUGUUUGAGACCUGCAGCCAGACUCUGGAAAGAAUCGCCCAAGAGGCUGUGGGUAGUGACAGUAAGCUGGCAGUAUCUAUUGGAGGGGUGACAGUCCAGCAGGACCUGUAUGCUGCAGUUUCAGCAGCCUCCUUCUGGCUGGAUGCUGCAGAGAAUCAGCUGCUGUCUGGUCCUGUGCUGCUGCUUGAGGACACAGAGACACAACUCACUAAUCUAGAGGGUUUGAAUAAACAGCUGAAGGAGAUGACCAGGGAGGUGAACCAGUGCAGAGACCUGCUGGGCGGAGGAGCAGGCCGGCUGUGUGGAGGAGAGGAGCAGGCUCUGAUGGAGGACACCCUGGAGGGUCUGCAGGAGAGGAUGGGCCUCCUGGACUCCACCCUGGAGCAGCACUGCGACGCCAUGAGAGACAAGCUGCAGGAACACUCAUCUUUCCAGAAUGAACUGAGGAUGCUGUUCACAGCUCUGAGUGAAAGUAAACACCAGCUGCUGCAAAAGAUGGCUGGAAGUGCAGACAGACCUGCAUCCAAACAGAUCGAGGCAUUAUCUGAAGUGGAGGACAGUCUGAGGGAGUUUGAGCAGAGAGUGAGUGAGCUGAAGACGAGAGCAGAAGGACUUCAAUCUGAACAAACCUCCAAUCAGGAACUACUUAAACUACAGGAUGCAUACGAGGAGCUGGUGCUGAUGGUGGGCUCCAGACGCAGCAGCCUUAACCAUGGCUUGUCUCUCAAGGCCCAGUAUGAGGCUGCACUUCAUGACCUCACUGACCUGGUGGACACCGCUCAGGACAAGAUGGCUGCCGACCAGAAGAUGACAGUGGCCUCGGUCAUAGAGGUCCAGAUGUUACUGGACAAACACAAAGAGUUCUUUCAGGGUCUGGAAUGCCAUAUGAUCCUCACCCAGACGUUUUACAGUAAAGUGUCUAGUCUGGUGGCACAGAGGGAGAGCCAGGUCCUGGAGGAGACCAUGGCUUUAGCCCACAGUGUGCUCAAACAGGCCCACAGGAGGGGAGUGGAGCUGGAGGGCAUAUUGGAGUCAUGGAGCAGGCUUGUUGAAGACUACCAGGCUCUGUGUAGACAGCUGGAGGCUGUGGAGUGUAGCAUCCCCACUGUGGGUCUGGUGGAGGAGACAGAGGAGAGACUCACUGAAAGGAUCAGUCUCUAUCAGCGUCUGAAGGCCAGCCUGACUGAGCAUCAGCCACAGCUCUACCAGGUUCUGGAGGAGGGCAAGAGGCUUCUACUGUCUGUUGGCUGUUCAGACUUGGAGAAUCAGCUCACGCAACUUGGCGAACACUGGCUCUCCUCCACCACCAAGGUCAACAAGGAGCUGCACCGCCUCGACUCAACGCUCAAACACUGGAGCAGGUACCAGAAUGAGUCCGCAGAGUUGAGCCACUGGUUGCAUUCGGCUCUGGCCCGGCUCGAGUUCUGGACAACCCAGUCAGUGACAGUGCCUCAGGAGCUGGAGACUGUCAGAGACCACCUCUAUGCCUUCCUGGAGUUUUCCAAGGAGGUGGAUGCCAAAUCGUCUCUGCGUUCUUCUGUGCUCAGCACAGGAAACCAGCUUCUGCGAUUAAAAAGAGUAGAUACCGCUGGUCUGAGGACGGCGCUUGGCCAUGUCGACACUCAAUGGGCUGAGCUGCUGACUCGUAUUCCUGUUGUCCAAGAGAAGCUACACCAGUUGCAGAUGGAGAAGCUGGCAUCUCUGCACGCCAUCACAGAGCUGAUGAGCUGGAUCUCUCUCAUGGAGAACAUCAUAGACGAAGACCAGGAUAAGAUCAUGGGAGCUGUCGGCUCCGAGGUGGUCCAGAACUUCUUGCAGAAAUAUAAGGGUUUCCGGAUUGAUCUGACGUGUAAGCAGCUGACUGUAGACUUUGUUAACCAGUCUGUGCUGCAGAUCAGCAGUCAGGAUGUGGAGGGGAAGCGUAGUGACAAAACCAACUUUGCUGAGAAUCUGGGAGCCAUGAAUAGAAGGUGGCAGAUACUGCAGGGACUUAUUGCUGAAAAGAUUCAGUUAUUGGAAGGACUUUUGGAAGGUUGGGUAGAGCAUGAAAACGGAGUCCAGGCUCUGAAAACCUGGCUCACACUCCAGGAGGAGAAACUAAAGAAGAGGCACAGGAUAGAGGAUGUAGCAUCGGUGCAGAAUGCACUUAAAGAUUGUCAGGAGUUGGAAGAAUUGGUGAAGGAAAAAGAGAAGGAUCUAGAGAAAGCAGAGGAACGAGGAAACACUCUCAUUCGGGAUAAGAAAGGAGCGGCCUGUUCUGUUGUCAAGGAGACCCUCAAAGGACUGAACCAGUCCUGGGCUCAUUUGGACCACAUGAUAAGUCAAAUGAAGGUCAGUCUGCGGUCAGUGCUGGAGCAGUGGACGCUGUAUCGGAGAGCCUCAGAGGAGAUUAUUGGGUACCUGAUGGAGGGGAUUUACUCCGUUUCCAGGCUGCGCCUCCUUAACGGGUCUCUAGAGGCAGUGCAGCAGCAGGUGGAGAAUUUGGAGAACUUGCAGGAGGAGAUGGAUAAACAGGAAAGCAGUCUGAGGAAAUUUGGCUCCGUCACCCACCAGCUUCUAACAGAGUGCCACCCGUCUGUGGCUGAAACACUCAACAGAGCCCUGCGGGACGUCAACAUGAGGUGGAACCGCCUGUUAGAGCAGAUCUCCGAGCAGCUGAGGAGCAGUAAGGCCUUGUUGGGCCUGUGGCAACGUUACAGGACAUUGUACGGCCAAUGUGUGGCAGCAGUUCAGAAACAGGAAGAGCAUGCUGAUCGCUUGCUGAAGAGUGCCACAGAUAAGGAGAUCACAGAGGAGGAGAGCAGUGCCUGGAUAAAGGACUGCGAUGCUUGCCUUGGCGACCAGGCUUUGGUGCAGGAGUCACUCCAGCAACUGCAGGAUUUAGGGGAACAACUCAAGAGCCAAGUCGACGCCUCCUCCUCUGCAGCCCUCCAGUCAGAUCACCUGUUACUCUCACAUCGUCUAGCAACACUGGAGCACGCCCUUCACAGGCAGCAGGAAGUACUGCAGUCUGGAUCUCAGUCCUGUGACAGUUUCAGAGAGCAGUUGGAAACACUGAUGCAAUGCAGUGAGGAGGCUGAGGCGGUGCUGAAGGAGUCGGACACAGUGGGCUCGCCGGAGCUCAGUGUGGUCCAGUCACGUAUGGAAAAACUGAAGGUUCACCUGUUGAAGUUGAGCAGUCUAUCUCCCGACCUAGAGCGAGUGAACGAGUUGGUGUACAGAUUACCGGUCAGUGACAGAGAUGUCAAACAGCUGCAGAGUCUCAACAGAGCCUGGGCCGCUCACUGCGCUCACCUCACUGAGAGGUUCAGUAAACUGCAGGCAGUUUUGCUCCAGCAGCAGAGCUUCCUGCAGAAGUGCGAGGCCUGGAUGGACUUCCUGUCUCAGACUGAGCAGAAGUUGGCUGCUGAGAUUUCAGGCAAUCACCAGAGUCUGCUGGAGCAGCAGAGAGACCACGAGUUGUUCCAGGCAGAAAUGUUUAGCAGGCAACAGAUUCUCUACUCCAUCAUCAGUGAUGGUCAUCGUAUGUUGGACCAGGGACUAAUGGAUGACAGAGACGACUUCAGCGUGAAACUGGCCUUACUGAGCAACCAGUGGCAGUGCAUAGUGCGGCGGGCUCAGCAGCGGAGAGGCAUCAUCGACAGCCUGGUCCGCCAGUGGCAGAAUUACCGGGAGAUGGCGGAGAAGCUGCAGCGAUGGCUCCAGGAAGUGACCCAUGAUUCAGAUGUUCAACAACCAGGAGAAGCGGUGGCCCUGCAGCAGGCCAGAGACCUGUUAGAUCAGAUACAGCUGAGGGAGCGAGUGCUGCAGAGGCAGCAGGGCGGCUACAUCCUCACCGUGGAGGCCGGCAGGAGCCUGCUGCUCUCAGCCGAUGCCAGGGCCGAGUCCACCCUGCAGACUGAGCUGAUGGAGAUUCAGGAGAGGUGGAGGCACGCCCACCACCGCCUGGAUCAGCAGAGGAGAGCGCUACACAGCCUGCUCAAGUCUUGUUUCAUGCAUGACACGUCCCCAGCUCCUCGGGGAGGAGGAGGAGGGCAGAGAUGCAAGGAGCUGGGGAGCAGUGUGGAGGGCUGGACCGACGACCUCACGUCCAUGUUCCUGCUGAGGGACUCCUUGGAGGGCGGAGUUAGUGCAGAUGACAUCACAGUCCUACAGGAACGCCUCCAGCUGCUACAGCGCCAGUGGGAGGAGGUCUGCCACCAGCUUUCCCUGCGCAAACAGCAAGUGAGCGAGAAGUUGAAUGAGUGGGCCGUGUUCAAUGAGAAGAACAAGGAGUUGUGUGAGUGGCUCACGCAGAUGGAGAGCAAGGUCUCUCAGAAUGGAGACAUCAGCAUCGAAGAGAUGAUCGAAAAACUGCGCAAGGACUACCAGGAGGAGAUCAGCGUCGCACAGGAGAACAAACAGCAGCUGCAGGUUAUGGGUGAGCGCCUGUCCCGGGCCAGCCAAGACAGCAAGGCAGCAGAGAUCCAACACAAACUCAGCAAAGUCAGCGAGCGCUGGCAACACCUGCUGGACCUCAUCGCUGCCAGGGUCAAGAAGUUGAGGGAGACCUUGGUCGCAGUGCAGCAGUUAGAUAAAAACAUGAGCAGCCUGCGUUCCUGGCUGGCUCACAUCGAGACAGAGCUGUCCAGGCCCAUUGUCUAUGACACAUGUGACGAUCAGGAGAUUCAGAGGAAACUCAACCAGCAGCAGGAGCUGCAGAGGGAUAUAGAGAAACACAGCACAGGUGUGGCGUCCGUGUUGAACCUGUGUGAAGUUCUGCUCCACGACUGCGACGCCUGCUCCACAGAGACAGAGUGCGACUCCAUCCAGCAGGCGACCAGAGGGCUGGACAGACGCUGGAGGAACAUCUGUGCCAUGUCCAUGGAGAGGAGGCUCAAAAUCGAGGAGACGUGGAGGUUGUGGCAGAAGUUUCUGGAUGAUUACUUCAGGUUUGAAGAAUGGCUGAAGACCUCAGAAAGAACAGCAGCUCUGCCCAACUCCUCUGGAGUUCUUUAUACUGUCGCUAAAGAGGAGCUGAAGAAGUUUGAGGCCUUCCAGCGUCAGGUGCAGGAAUUUCUGACCCAGCUGGAGCUCAUCAACAAACAGUAUCGUCGUCUGGCCCGUGAGAACCGCACAGACUCCUCCUGCCGUCUCCGAGGAAUGGUGCACGAUGGGAACAAGCGCUGGGAUAACCUGCAGAAGAGGGUGGCUGCCAUCCUACGCAGACUCAGGCACUUCAUCAGCCAGAGAGAAGAGUUUGAGACGGCACGAGACAGCAUCCUGGUGUGGCUGACGGAGAUGGACCUGCAGCUCACCAACAUAGAGCACUUCUCCGAGUGUGACAUACAGGCCAAGAUUAAACAGCUCAGGGCGUUCCAGCAGGAGAUCUACCUGAACACGGGGAAGAUCGAGCUGGUGUUCAGGCAGGGCGAAGCUCUGAUUGAGAAGAGCGAACCUCUGGACGCGGCCGUCAUCGAGGAGGAGCUGGAGGAGCUGCAGAGAUACUGCCAGGAGGUGUUCGGACGAGUCGACAGAUACUACAAGAAACUCACGCGUCUGCCUCUCGCCGACGAUGAGCUCGACGGUUCUGACAGAGAGCUCGACAUGGAGGAAGGCACCGACCUCUCUGAGCUUCAGUGGGGCGGCGACUCUUUGCCCCGGACUUCUAGCCGUCAAGCCACGGGCACGACCGUUCUCAUCCGGGCCGACCGCUCGGGACGGGACACUCCAGCCAGCGUGGACUCCAUCCCGUUAGAGUGGGACCACGACUACGACCUGAGCAGAGGUUUGGAGAGCCCCGGAGGACGAGGGGAGAGGAGCCGAGGGCAAGAGGAGGAGGAUGGGUAUCUGAGAACGGAUGCUACGGUGCUGUCAGGUGAGCCAGGUCAGCUGGAGGCCAGUCUGAGACAGUUGGAUCAGGCUCUGGAUGCAGGACGGUAUCACCUCCAGCAGAGAGAGGCCAGCGCCAACCGCUCCAGCCCCGACGUCGACUCCACAUACAUGGGCUACAUGCGUCUGAUGGGAGAGUGUCGAGGAAGUAUAGACACAGUGAAGAGAACGGAGGAAGAGCUGACUGAAGACGAGGACGACAUGCCGGGACUCAACAACCCCACCAGCACAGACACUCAGAGUGCUGGUGUGAUCGAGCGCUGGGAGCUGAUCCAGGCUCAGUCCCUGAGCGAAAAGCACAGGCACAAACAGAACCUGCAGCAGUGGCAGCAGCUGAUCUCAGACCUGCAGACCAUGAGGGCCUGGCUGGGUCAGUCCGAGGCAGAGCUCAAGCAGCUUCGAGGGCUCGAACUCAGCACCGACAUACACACCAUCCAGCAGAGAAUCAAGAAGCUGAAGGAGCUGCAGAAGGGGAUGGAUGCCCACAAGUCAGAGGUUCUGUCCAUCAACCUGAGCAGCGCAGACUUCCUUCAGGCGGAGCCCGACUCUGAGGAGGCCUGGGAGUUGAGGGACGGGCUAAAAGAGAUGAACUCUCGCUGGGAUCAGCUCAGCACCUCGCUGGAGGACUGGAGACAGGAGCUGCAGAGGGCGCUGAUGCAGUGCCAGGAGUUCCAUGAGAUGAGCCACGGUCUGCUGCUGUGGCUGGAGAACAUUGACCGCAGGAGGAACGAGGUGGUGCCCAUCCCUCCCAGAGUGGAUCGGGAAACAUUACGAGCUCAUCACAAAACACUCACGCAAAUCAAGCGCGAGCUGCUGGACUCGCAGCAGAAGGUGUCGUCCCUUCAGGAGCUCUCGUCUCAGCUGCUGGUCAACACCAAGCCUCAGACUCUGCUGCUGCAGUCGCAGAGCAGCGAGCAGCUCCAGUCGCAGGGCAGCGAGUGUCUGGAGGCGCAGGAGAAGGUGCACGUGAUCUUUAACAGGCUGAGGCUGCUGCUGAGGGAGGUCAACUCAGACCUGGAGGGGCUGGAGAGGAGGCUGGGGGCCAUGGAGACGCGGCAGGAUUUCUUACCGUUACCUGCUGGCAAACUAGAAACCUGUGGAUCAGCUGCUCCUGUGUCAGAGGCGACGGUCGAGAGCCGCAGACGAUUGCCCCGAGGCAAAAGUAGUCAUGCCCACCCUGGACCCCCUGAGAGCGGCCCGCGCCACAGCCGGAGCAAAUCACCAGGCGCCGCUGGUUGCGUUUCCUCCCGUUCUGACCUUCCGGAUGGCGUCUCCUCCUCGUCCUCCUCCUCCUCAAAGGGUCAGUCCUUCCUGCUGCGAGUCCUCAGGGCCGCGCUGCCCGUCCAUCUGCUCCUCCUGCUCCUCAUCGGCCUGGCCUGUCUGGUGCCAAUGACCGAGGAGGACUACAGCUGCCACCACGCUAACAACUUCGCCCGCUCCUUCCAUCCCAUGCUGCGCUACACCAACGGACCUCCGCCCAUAUGAAGAGCAGCUGAUUACAGACCUACCUGCUUUGCCAAGGACUCUCCACUGACUGAAUGUUUCUUCUUCACCCCCGUGCCCUAAAGCUAUACACCCGUCCCCCUGCUGAGGGGGCACAUGCAUUAGAAAGUGAUUCAGAGACCACAUGAAGACUUCUCUCACCAACAUUGCACACCUCACCCCUUUAAAAAAAACCUCCAGACUAACGGACCCUCCUCUGAAGAGCCCCCCUCCCCCCAUCCAAAUAUUUCAUGUUGUUUUAACUUAUAUAUGUGUAUAUUAUUUUACAAGGUUUCUGAAGAAACCUGUGAAAUCAAUGAAAAACAAAGCACUAUUUAUAUACUCUAUGUUGGGAGCCAAAGCCGACCAUGCUUUUUGUCCACGAUACCCAGUGCUGCUGCUAUUUAUUUAGUGAUCAAUCAGUUAAUAGAUUUUUAGUAUUGAUGAAGCUGAAGCACCACCAGUGUGAAAUACUGACUUGUAGAGCAGACUUGCAGUUAAGUGAAGAGUUUCUUCCCAAAACACACAUUUGCAGAACGUGUCAGAUAAAAUAUCUGAAACAAAACUCAAACAAGGAUGAAACGCGGCUUCCUGUCUUCUGAUUCUCACAUAUCAAAAGAACCGGCUUGGAUCUGGAAAUGAAGAAAAUCUCAACCUGUAGCACUGACGAAGGUACUGCACUGAAGCCGUCCAGCCAAGAUGGCCGACUUAUUUCCCCCAAAGGCUGAGGCUUGUAUUCCUGUUUUUAAUUUCAGUUUUUAAUCAGCUCUGUCGUUAAAAACCAACUGAUUUGUACAUUAUUGUUGAAAUGCCUUUAAAAUGCAGGUGGUUAUUUUUUUAUCUUCCUGUUUGAGCGUGCACUUGAAAGUCCUCUUCUUUUGAGAAAGCCAAACAAUCACUUGUAGUGUUUUAGUACAUGGCUGUGUGUGCUUUGUAAUAACCGCGCCGAUUAUUCUGCAGCGAUGACGCGUCACAAUCACUGCGUUGUUGAGAGAACCUGUAAAAAAAAUGAUGAAAUAUGAAAAUGCUUAUUUAUGUAUGUACAGUUUGCUAAUGCCAACUUCAUUAAGAAUACUCUCUUUGCAAAUAAUAAAACAUGAA